GUUCCGGUCAUCACCUGAGGGGCAUUAGUUUUACUACUAGAAGACUAGAAAACAGACAAGAUGGGCAAAGUGAAAAAGCAUCAAAAGCUUGCUGCAAUGAAGAGGGUCAUUAAUUUAAAAGACCAAAGAAUUCAGAAGAAAGACCGAUUGAGUAAAAAGCGGACAAAAAAGAACCCUCAAAACUUGACCGUGAGGGAACUACCCCAGGCUUCCUCUGCUUUAUUCUUCAAGUAUAACACACAGCUGGGCCCUCCCUAUCAUGUCCUCGUCGACACCAACUUCAUCAACUUCUCGAUCAAAAACAAGCUGGACAUUGUUCAAUCUAUGAUGGACUGUCUUUAUGCAAAAUGUAUUCCAUACAUUACUGACUGUGUGAUGGCAGAAUUGGAGAAGCUUGGCAGUAAAUAUAGAGUGGCUCUAAGAAUUGCAAAAGAUGAAAGAUUCAAGAGACUGCCAUGCCUGCACAAAGGAACAUAUGCUGAUGACUGUCUGGUACAGAGGAUAACACAGCACAAAUGUUACAUAGUAGCAACAUGCGAUAAAGAUCUAAAGAGGAGGAUAAGGAAAAUCCCAGGUGUUCCCCUCAUGUUCCUACAGCAGCGCAGGUACACCAUAGAAAGAAUGCCAGAUGCUUUUGGAGCACCAAAGACAUAGACUGUUAACCUAUUUAUUCUUAAUCAAAUAAAAAUGCAAAACAAA